AUGCGCUCAAGCCUCGUCCUCCUAGUAUUUGGAGCCACACUUCUUUCGACCACGAAGGCUGUGUCGGGAACUGCCACGAAGGCUUCGCCCAACAUCAACAGACAUUUGCGCAGUCAUACAUCCGGUGCCAACGAAGCUGCCGACGAAGAGAGACUUUGGGGUCUAUUCGGGGGGCGAAGUAAGAAAUUCGAGGAAAUGUUGAUCAACAACCCGAAGGAACUGAACAAGUAUUCGACAAACACAAUCCACUCCAACUUGACACGCACGAAACAUACAAAGGACCUGUUAAUCUAUCUCAACCGACGAGCAAGAAACACGGGCAAGGCACGUCGAGACACUUGA